AUGCCGGCCGCGCGCGUGGAGUACGUCGCGCCCUGGUGGGUGGCGUGGCUGCACAGCGUCCCGCACCUGGGCUUGCGCCUGCAGCCGGUGAACAGCACAUUCAACCCCCGCGAUGAGAGUUACCGGGAGUCACUGCUGUUCCUGGGGCUGGUGGCCGCCAUCUGCCUAGGCCUGAACCUCAUCGUCCUCGCGGCUUACGUGGUCUGCAUGUGCUGCUGCCGGCAGGACGAGGCCGUGCAGACCAAGCGGCGCGACUCCUGCUGUGUCACCUGGACGGCGGUGGUGGCUGGGCUCGUCUGCUGUGCUGCGGUGGGCGUUGGUUUCUAUGGAAACAGCGAGACCAACGAUGGGGUGUACCAGCUGAUCUACUCCUUGGACAACGCGAACCACACCUUCUCCGGGAUAGACGAACUGGUAACCGGAACCACCCAGAAGAUGAAGGUGGACCUCGAGCAGCACCUGGCCCGGCUCAGUGAGAUCUUUGCUGCUCGGGGUGACUAUAUCCAGACGCUGAAGUUCGUGCAGCAGAUGGCCGGCAACGUCAUUGUCCAGCUCUCAGGGCUGCCCGUGUGGAGGGAGGUCACUGUAGAGCUGACCGAGCUGGCUGACCAGACUGGCUACGUGGAGUACUACAGAUGGCUUUCCUACCUCCUGCUCUUCAUCCUGGACCUGGUCAUCUGCCUCGUCACCUGCCUGGGACUGGCCAGGCGCUCCAGGUGUCUCUUGGUCUCGAUGCUGUGUUGUGGUGUGCUGGGCCUGUUCCUCAGCUGGACGUCUCUGGCUGCUGACAGCGCCGCAGCAGUGGGCACCAGUGACUUCUGCUCAGCUCCCGACACCUUCAUCCUGAACAUCACAGGGGGCCAGAUCCGCACAGAGGUGACCCGUUACUACCUAUAUUGCACUCAGAGCGGAAGCAGCCCCUUCCAGCAGGCACUGACCAUCUUCCAGCGCUCACUCACCACCAUGCAGAUCCAGGUGGCCGGCCUGCUGCAGUUCGCCGUGCCCCUCUUCCCCACGGCCGAGAAGGACCUGCUCGGAAUCCAGCUCCUGCUGAACUCAUCGGAGUCCAGCCUCCACCAGCUGACGGCCAUGCUGGAUUGCCGAGGGCUGCAUAAGGACUACCUGGACGCCCUUGCUGGCAUCUGCUAUGAUGGCAUCGAGGGCUUGCUGUACCUUGGCCUCUUCUCCCUCCUGGCCGCCCUGGCCUUCUCCACCAUGAUCUGCACUGGGCCGAGGGCCUGGAAGCACUUUACUACCAGGGACAGAGACUAUGAUGACAUCGACAGUGAUGACCCUUUCAACCCCCAAGCCCGACGCAUCGCCGCCCACAACCCGCCCCGGGGGCAGCUCCGCAGCUUCUGCAGCUACAGCAGCGGCCUGGGCAGCCAAACCAGCCUGCAGCCCCCGGCUCAGACCAUCUCCAAUGCCCCGGUCUCGGAGUACAUGAACCAGGCCAUGCUCUUCGGCGGGAACCCACGCUACGAGAACGUGCCCCUCAUCGGAAGAGGCUCCCCUCCUCCCACGUAUUCUCCCAGCAUGAGGGCCACCUACCUGUCCGUGGCGGACGAGCACCUGAGACACUACGGGAACGAGUUUCCAGCCUAACACACUUUCU